AUGGCCGACUCGCCCUCCGCCUCGCCUGCGCCGUCUACCGUUUUCUCCACUCCGACUCUCUCCAGCACUUUCACAACCCCGUCUACAGCCUUUACGACUCCCGACCUCGCGAAGUCGCCCUUCAGCGGAUCGAGCGAGGGAGGAUGGAAGUUGGUUCAGCAGGGCGGGGGCGUCCCGCCGAAUGGGUUCACGCACCUCGACACGGCGUUUGCGAAGGAACAGGAAGAGGCGGGUCGAGCGAGAAGCUUCGAGUGGGAGAUCUACCAGCAAAUCGGUGUUAAAGAUUCGCAGCCUCGCCUGCGCUACAAGCGCCGCCUUGGACCGACAGAGGUCUCCUACUACCUUGGCUCGCGCGGCGAAGGCAUCGAGGGCGGCGUCAACGACAUGUACCUCCAUAUUGGCUUCAAGGCCCGCUCGAGCUUGUUGCAGCCGGACCGCCUGCUCGAAAUCUGGACGGAAUUGCUCAGGCGUCAUACGCUGCUUGCUUCGUCCGUCGAGUUCGAGGACUACUACAAUAUUCGCUUCUGCUACGACCGGCCUGCGACGCCUAUCGAAGCACGCGAGAAGGCGAGGUCACUGAUGGAGAUCCGAGUUGGAGAGUAUGCGCAAGGCCAGAUCUCGACCCACCUUAACGGUUCUCGCACCCUCUCCGAUCAGCGUCUCGCCUACCUCGUCAUCUCGACCCCCGAGUCGACCUUCACCUCUCCCGACCCUUCCGCCGAACAGGAAUACGACUUCUUCCUCUUCAGCACCCACUUCCUGGGCGAUGGGAUGGCGCUCCAUGCGACGGCGAACGAGUUCUUCACGCUGCUUGCGGAGGGGUCGGCUGUGGGAACGGGCGUGAAUGUCGACGCUGUGGAAACGGGCGUGAACGUCGACCGUGCUGAGGCGAAGGAGGAGCUUGAUGCUUCGAAACUUGCGCCGGCGAUGGAGAGUAAGCUUGUGACGAAGGAAAAGUGGGGGAGAAUGGGUUGGUCGGCUGCGAAGGUCGAGUAUGCGAAUGAGCAGGCGAAACUUGUCGGCGGCCACGCCUUCCCUCGCGCCCGUCUCGGUACCCGCCACACCCUCGUUCCGACCGUCUCCUAUCCGGCGGAGCAAACGAAGCGGAUCCUCGCCGUCUGCAAGUCGCACGCCUCGACCAUCGCGCACGCCAUGUUCGCCCUCUCCAACAUUGCCUACCUUCGCUCGGCUGGGAAGGAGAAGGACGAGGGAAAGUUGCCGGUCAUGCUCUACUCGGCUUUGAACGUCCGGCCGUUCCUCAAGAAGGAGACGAACCCGGUUGAUUGGUAUCACAUCGCGAUCGGGUACUACAACGUAAUCCUCCCCUCCUUCCUCCCCUUCUCCGUCCCUCCCGCUUCAACGUUCUGGCACCGCUGCGUCAUCGUCAAGUCCCAAACAAACCGCGCAGUCAAGACCCCCUUCCUCGCUUCGCGGGCGAUGCUGAUGGCGCUAGAGCGGGAGGGGAGGUCGAUUGGCUGGGAGAGGGAGGACGAUGAGCGAAGGGCGAGGGAGGCGAGUAAGAUGGUGGAAGGGUUGGGGAUUAGUGGAGUCGAGCUGGGCCAGGCGAAGGAGGAGAUGGAGGAGAUGAAGGAGGUCAGGGUCGAGAAGGUCGAGGAGAAGGACAUCAACGUUCGUCCGAAGGCGCCGAGUACGGCCUUGAUGGGUCUCUCGAUGCUCGGCAACCUCGACGGAAUUUAUCAGCACAAGGAUUAUCACGGCAUCCAGCUGCACAGUCUGACGACCGGCUCCCGCCAGCGACCUGGCGCAAUCUUGCUCUUUGCCUACACGUUCGCCGGCAAGCUGUGGAUCUCGCUCGGCUACGACUCGAACGGUUUCGAGAAGGGCGCUGUGGAGAGCUGGUGGAACGAGCUGCUCAAGGGUGUCGACGAGUUCUUGCUCGAGAAGGAGGAGUGA